CUACUAGGCAAUUGUAUGCGGACUGCGAUCAUCAUGAAGUUUGCGAUAGUGCUAAGUUUAUUUUUGGUAGCCCUUGAAGCUGUUCCGUCUGCUGUUGGAGAAAAAGCAAGCGUAUGUUCUGAUGAUGAAUGUACCGACCAAUGCCGUUGCUCUUCUGCUGAACAUCCUUUACCAGAUUCAGAUCUAGAAGACAUUCCACAGUUGAUCAGCUUGACAUUCAACGAGGCUUUAACUGAAGAUAUAGUCAAAAAAUUCUGGAAGCCACUAUUUUUCAAUCGUGCGAAUCCAGAUGGAGUUCCAAUCGGUGCCACAUUCUUUGUACCUCACGAAUACACAAACUACAAGAUGGUAAAUGAUGUUUUCAAUCUCGGAUUUGAAGUAGCGGUACACUCGAUUACCGAUUCUCCGCAGAUAUAUUGGAGAAAUGCGACCGAAGAAAUUUUGACACAAGAAUUUGACGGUCAGAAAAAAAUAAUAUCUAAGUUUGCCAACAUUCCAACAGAAAAUAUCAUUGGUGUGAGAACUCCUCAGCUGCAGUUAGCGGGAAAUAUCUCCAUAAAAGCUUAUCAAGCUGCAGGACUUCAAUAUGACAGCUCAUGGCCCACAACACCUAUUAAACCAUUAUUUCCAUACACUCUGGAUUAUUUGAGCACUCAAGAAUGCAAUUUGGGAAAUGAGUGUCCAAACGAAGCUUUUCCUGAUUUUUGGAUUCUUCCCAUAAAUGAUCUGAAUGGAAAUGAGACCUGGUGCAAUACUAUGUCAGAUUGUAAUGUAGUAGGAACUGCGGAUCAAAUUGCUGAUUGGUUAACAAAUGAAGUAGACAUUAUUCGAAAUAAUACAAAACUUCCUAUGACACUAAUAGUCAACUCCAAUUGGUUCGACUUUAUAGCAAACAGUUAUGCCGGUUUUGAGAAAUUCCUCAACAGACUGCAGGAGAAGAAAGACGUUUUCUUGGUUUCACAAAAACAAGUCUUAGAUUGGAUGAAGAAUCCUGUUACUUUAUCAGAAUUCAAAACAGAGUCUCCCAGUAAUAGUGCAUCAUGUCACCCAGUUCGUUGUACGUUGGAUAAGGAUGGUGAAACUCGUUAUAUGGACUCUUGCGUAGCUUGUCCGAAAGUAUACCCUUGGUUAGGAAAUCCAGAUGGCGAUAAGAAAUGAAGAAAACUUAUCGUUCUCUUUGAAUUACUUAAAUUCUGAAAAUAAAGCAUAAAAAAUUUCAA